AUGACGAGCCGCUCGGAGCCCAUGACUGCCCACCUCGACCGCCUCGGCCACCGCCACCUUGUCGACUUCAGCAAACUCCUCCAUCUCCCCGACUCUCAUGCCUGGCCGGAGCUCCAGGACCACCCGCUCGCCGCCGCCGCCGCCGCCGGCCAGGUCGCUGACGAGCCGGUGCCCGUCAUCGACCUCGACGACCCCAACGUCCUCCCCAACCUAGCCAGCGCCUGCAAGCGGUGGGGAGUGUUCACCAUCACCGGCCAUGGCGUCCCGGCGCGAACCCUACGCUGCUUAGAGUCUCAGAGCCGCCGGCUCUUCUCGCUGCCCACCGCGCAGAAGCUCAAGGCCCUCCGCCCCAUAGACGGCAUCUCCGGCUACGGCCAAGGUCGGAUCUCCGAGUUCUUCCCCAAGAACAUGUGGUGGGAGGGCUUCACCAUCGUCGGCUCCCCCGACGAGCAUGCCCGCAAGCUCUGGCCAGACGGCCACCUCCCCUUCUGGUAUCUUUCUUUGAAGGGCCGCCACGAUUCGAAACGCUUCAUCGACUGCAUUUAAUUCCCCUUGGACCGGCCUCCAACGGCGUCCCUCGUCCUUACAUCGUUCUGUUUUUUAUCCAUGCAGUGAAGCUUUCGAAGAAUACAACCGGGAGAUGAAGAAGCUGUCAGGAAAGCUUCUAGCCCUCGUACUGAAAUCCUUGGAGCUUCCCGUCGACGAAGUGAGCUGGUACGUGCCCGCAUGCCCAGACGGGGACUGCUUCUCUGCGGCCACCUCUCUUCUCCAGUUGAACUACUACCCGGCGUGCCCCAGCCCGGAGAGAACCAUGGGCCUUGGCGACCACACCGACUCCAGUCUCUUCACCCUCCUUUACCAGAACCUCGUGAGCGGCCUGCAGGUGGCGCCGCCAGCCGGCGGCGGAUGGGUGACGGUUCCCCAUGUGGAAGGGGGUCUCAUCGUGAACGUCGGCGACCUUCUCCACAUCGUCUCCAAUGGGCGGUGCACCAACGUCGUCCACCGUGCCGUCGUAGACCGGAACCAGGACCGCCUCUCGAUAGCGUACCUCUACGGGCCGCCUGCAAACGCCAAGAUAGCGCCGAUCGGGCGCGGAAGUGAGGCGCCGGUGUACAGGACGGUGACAUGGCCCGAGUACAUCGGCAUCAGGGCGAAGCACUUCACCAAGUCGCUGGAGUCGAUUAGGGUUUUGCCCGAGGGAGAAGAAAAGGCGGGGGAGGAUAACGACGGCCCCACCGUCUCCAUCGGCAUCACCGAAUAA